CUUCCCACCCUCUACCUCACCCUUCGUACAAGUUUAAAUUAAGAGUGCAGAAAACAAGUCUAGUCAGCGAUUCUCAAACUUUCCAAAUCAUAAUAAUCCUUUGGGGGGCACCUGUUAAAAAAAAUUCCAACCAGAUUUCCACGACCUGUGCUAGCUAUGUCUACUGAAUCAGAUGGGGGAGAAGGGAGGCGCUGGAGAAUCUGUAUUUUACUCAUCACAUUGGGUGGAUUCUUAUGAUGAGGCAAGUUUGGGAAACACUGGCCUAGCUUAUGUGAAGAGGUAGGAACAAUUUCCUUGGCUGGACUAAAAGUCCUCCCCAAUUUAUCACUGAAACAUCCCAAGCCGGCCAGUUAGAAACCACACUCCUAUUCUGGGCUAAAGAUGCAUUCUGGGUUCUCGCUUUUGUAAAAAUCAGUCUCCCUGGCCCCAACUCUAUGACUCCAAGGCUGUGACAGAUCGGAAGUCCCCACCCAGCUGCCGGGACCAACUGUCGGAGGCCGACUCCAGCCGCCCAUACCUGUCGGUGACGGUGCAAGAGGUCCCCACAUCGGGGCUAGAAGGAGCCCACGAGUUACCUAGGGAUCUCUGGGAACUGCCCCGUGACUGUUCGAGAAGAUGCCGUACCUGGGCUCCGAGGACGAGGUGAAGGAGCUGAAGAAGGCUCUGUGUAACCCUCACAUUCAGGCUGAUAGGCUGCGCUAUCGGAAUGUCAUCCAGCGAGUGAUUAGGCACAUGACUCAGGGCUCGGACAUGUCUGGUGUUUUCAUGGAAAUGGUGAAGGCCAGUGCCACUAUAGAUAUUGUUCAGAAGAAGUUGGUUUAUCUCUACAUGUGUACCUAUGCCCCCCUGAAACCAGAUCUGGCUCUCCUGGCCAUCAAUACACUGUGCAAAGACUGUUCGGACCCCAACCCGAUGGUGCGAGGGUUGGCACUACGGAGCAUGUGUAGCCUCAGGUUGCCUGGUGUGCAGGAAUAUAUCCAACAGCCAGUUCUCAACGGUCUGCAUGAUAAGGCUUCAUAUGUCAGGAGGGUAGCAGUCCUUGGCUGUGCCAAGAUGCAUACUCUUCAUGGAGACUCUGAAGUGGAUGGUGCCCUGGUAAACGAAUUAUAUAGUUUGCUGCGUGACCAGGAUCCAAUUGUGGUUGUGAACUGCCUGAGGUCUCUGGAGGAAAUUUUGAAACAGGAAGGAGGUGUUGUCAUCAAUAAGCCCAUCGCCCACCAUCUCUUAAAUCGAAUGUCAAAACUGGACCAGUGGGGCCAGGCUGAAGUGUUGAACUUUCUGCUACGCUACCAACCCCGCAGUGAGGAGGAGCUGUUUGACAUUCUCAACCUGUUGGACAGUUUUCUCAAGAGCAGUAGCCCAGGUGUGGUGAUGGGAGCCACCAAACUCUUUCUGAUCUUGGCAAAAAACUUCCCCCAUGUGCAAACUGACGUGCUCAUGCAAGUCAAGGGAACUUUGCUGGCUGCCUGUUCUUCAGAGAGCCGCGAGCUCUGUUUUGCUGCCCUCUGCCAUGUGCGCCAGGUCCUGCACAGUUUGCCGGGUCACUUUAGCAGCCACUACAAAAAGUUUUUUUGCUCCUACUCGGAGCCCCACUACAUCAAGCUCCAGAAGGUGGAGGUGCUGUGUGAGCUGGUGAACGACGAGAACGUGCAGCAGGUGCUGGAGGAGCUUCGCGGGUACUGCACUGAUGUGUCCGCCGACUUCGCGCAGGCUGCCAUCUUUGCCAUAGGUAGCAUCGCCAGGACCUACACAGAUCAGUGUGUGCAGAUUCUAACAGAGCUGCUGGGGCUUCGACAAGAGCACAUUACCACAGUGGUUGUGCAGACUUUCCGAGACCUGGUUUGGUUGUGUCCUCAGUGUACAGAAGCUGUGUGUCAGGCCCUGCCCGGCUGUGAGGAGAGCAUUCAAGAUAGCGAGGGGAAGCAGGCACUUAUUUGGCUACUCGGUGUCCACGGGAAGAGAAUCCCCAAUGCUCCUUAUGUGUUGGAAGACUUCGUAGAGAAUGUGAAGUCGGAGACAUUUCCAGCUGUCAAGAUGGAGCUGCUCACGGCUCUGCUGCGCCUUUUCCUCUCUCGACCCGCUGAGUGCCAGGACACGCUGGGCCGUUUAUUAUACUACUGCAUAGAGGAAGAAAAGGAUAUGGCAGUACGGGACCGAGGUCUCUUCUACUAUCGCCUCCUCUCAGCUGGCAUCGAUGAAGUGAAGCGGAUCCUACGGAGCCCUCAAUCUGACCCUUCUCUCAGACUUUUGGAGGAUCAGGCAGAAAGACCUGUGAACAGCUGGGCCUCGGACUUCAACACACUGGUGCCAGUAUAUGGCAAAGCCCGCUGGGCAACCAUCUCUAAAUGCCAGGGUGUGGAACAUCAUGGCCCAGAGCUUCCUAACACUGCAUCUUUUGCCACAUCAGGACCCCUGAUUCCUGAAGAGAACAAGGAGAGGGUCCAAGAACUCCCUGAUUGCAGAGCCCUCAUGCUAGUCCCCAAUCACCAGCUUACUGCUGAGUGUUUUGAGAAAACUUGGCUGAGCCUCAAAGUUGCUCAUCAGCAGAUGUUCCCGUGGCAGGGAGCAGUCCAUCCUGACACCCUCCAGGUGGCCCUGCAAGUCGUGAACAUCCAGACCAUCGCGAUGAACAGGGCUGGGGCUCAGCCGUGGAAAGCCUACCUCAGCGCUCAGGACGACACUGGCUGUCUGUUCCUGACAGAACUGCUGUUGGAGCCCGAGAACUUGCAAAUGCAGAUCUCAGUAAAACAAAACAAGGCGAGGACAGAGACACUGAACAGUUUUAUUUCUGUAUUAGAAACUGUGAUUGGAACAAUUGGAGACAUAAAAUCAUAACAGCUUCUUG